AUGCACUUCAUUGCCCUGGGAAAUGCCAAAAACUUGCAAGCCCCAGCCACAGCCAUAAACCCCAACCAGCAAAAUGUUAGGCCACAGACUCCCAAACACUUCCUCCUUCGCAAACAUGGUACCAGACAGGAAGAAGUGGAAGGUGAACUCAGUGAAGAAGAACGCUGGUUUGGAAAUUCAUCAGAAACUCCUUCAGAAGCAUCAUAUGGAGAAGUCCAGGAGAACUUUAAAUUGUCUCUUGAGGAUAGAAUCCAGGAGCAGUCUGCUUCCCCAGAUACUUCUUUGGGAAGUGCAACUCCUAGCAGCAACACAGCAGAGCUAGGAUCCAUUGAAAAUGAGGCACCAAGAGACACAUUACAGAGCAAAGAGCACCUUUCUCCUGAUGUGUCAUCUUUGUGUGAUGAAGAACCUGCUGGUCCAAAUAAGCCACUAAGCAGUAACCUGAGGCGGCUGCUGGAGGCUGGCUCCCUCAAGCUGGAUGCUGCUGUUGCAGUCAAUGGCAGAGUUGAGUCUCCUGUAAAUCUUGGCUCAAAUGUCUCCUUCUCUCCACCUGCUGCUCAUCACGCCCAGCAACUAAGUGUUCUUGCCAGAAAGCUUGCUGUGAAACAGGAACAAAGUGACCAAUACAAUGCAAGUAGUCACUUUAUAUGGAAUCAAGGUAAGUGGUUGCCAAACUCAACCACCACCUGUGGUUUGUCCCCUGAUUCAGCUAUCCUGAAACUGAAAGCUGCGGCCAAUGCUGUUCUGCAGGACAAAUCUCUCUCAAGGACUGAAGACACUAUAAGAUUUGAAUCCUUUUCUUCACCUUUUAGUUCUCAGUCAGCCAGCUCCACAUUAGCAGCUUUAUCUAAGAAAGUGAGUGAAAGAAGCAUGACUCCUGGGCAGGAGCACCCACCUCCAGCUAGUUCUUUCCUUUCUCUGGCUUCCAUGACCUCUUCAGCUGCCCUUCUCAAGGAGGUUGCUGCAAGGGCUGCAGGAACCCUGUUGGCUGAGAAGAAGAAAUCACUGGUGGCUGAGGAGCCCCUGCAGCUUUCGGAGAUAAAGCAAGAGAAAGCAACUCCACCACAAUCUUUGGAAUUACUGUUGCUGCCAGUCCCUAAGGGAAGAGCAUCCAAACCCACAAGUACAGCCUCAGAAGAAGAAGGAGGAAAACCUUUCCAGUGUCCAAUCUGUGGUUUGGUUAUCAAGAGGAAGAGUUACUGGAAACGGCACAUGGUGAUUCACACAGGUUUGAAAAGUCAUCAGUGUCCACUCUGUCCAUUUCGCUGUGCACGCAAGGACAAUCUCAAAUCACACAUGAAGGUUCAUCAGCACCAAGACAGGGGUGAGACCUUCCAAUGCCAGCUAUGCCCUUUUACCUCCUCCCGCCACUUCAGCCUGAAACUCCACAUGCGUUGCCAUCAACAUUUCCUUAGGACAGAAUCCAAAGUGAAGGAGGAAGUACCAGAAACUGAGGUGAAGGGGUCCCCACAGCUAAAUAGUGACUCCUGCCCGGGACCACAGAAGGAAGGAGGUGGACCUGACCUUAUGGGAUCAGCAUCUGUAUCUAAAACACCAGAUGUGGCUGGGCAGCCUAGUGGAGGUAUGCCACCUUUACUAGUGAAAGAAGAGCCCAAAGAUGACAAUGGCAUCUCAGCUGCACCUUUUGCUCUUAGCACUGUCGACAGACCUCCCAACAGCACACAGCCGAAAGACUACUCUGACUUUGUGGUCAAUACAGCGUCAGCAUUAUUCAGCCAAGACAUCUCUGUCAAGAUGGCAUCAGAUUUUCUUAUGAAGCUGUCAGGUAAUUGA